CAGACUUGUGACGCCACUUCAGCUACUCCCAUCACCGUCGAAGCCAAAGGUACCGUACAUGAGCCUGCAGCCCAACAUUGGCACAACAAUUCCAUCAUGUCGAGUUCAGCUACGCAGAACAGUCUUGACCUGACAGGAGCUAUAAACGUGAGGUGGUUGCAGUGUGUCUCUUCUAGUAAAUCUGAUCACAACUUUCAAAAAGCACAACAUGUUUUCCAUGAGCAUUUCUCAUCUUUUUUACACCAUCGCGGUUGCAAUCAGCGGCGUGAACGCACUUGUUGAUCCGACAGAAAUAUACAACGGCGGUUUCAUCUCGAUAAACAACAACACAGCACUGCGGAUAGCAACCGGAGGUGCUGGGCAGAGCGGCUUGGUCAAAGCUCUUGCCGAUGCGUUCAUUCAAGACAGCGUGAAGAAUGGUUCACAGCCUUUCAAUAUUGGCUGGGUAUUGAGCGACACGACUUUCACCAUCAAGAAUCUCCAAUCCGGCGAAGCAGACCUCGGAAUAUCCUACGUCCCAACGGCCGAAGAGGUCGCCGCCGAGCAGGGCAUUAUCGAUGCAAACACAGGCCGCUACUACCUCUUCCGCGACCACUUCAUCAUCGCCGGCCCUCCCGAGAACCCAGCUGGUGUGAACAGCAGUAUGGACGUCACUACGAUCUUCGCAAAGAUCUAUCAGGCGGGAGAGCUGAACACCGCAAAGACCGCUGUCCCAACUCGCUUUCUGACCCGCUACGAUAAAUCCGCAACGAACCUCAAGGAAUCGACAUUGUGGCUUGGAAUCGGUCAGGUGCCUUGGGCUCUACCGUAUUCUACAUGGUACCACCAGUUUCCCGCAUUUCCCAUCCAGGCAUUGAACACAGCGAGCUUAUUGAAAGAGUACACGCUGACAGACCGCGGGACGUUCUUGUCGCUGGAGCAGCUGCAGCCGAAUCUUACGGCUGCACUGGAGCAGUUCAAAGUAGGAACAGAUAGCAAGGAUGAUCCGUUGUUGCUACCGGGACAUUUGCUUGUGGGGCGGAAGGCAAGGAAUGCUACCUUGGCGCAGCAAUUUGCGGCCUGGGCGACCAGUGCGCGUGGUCAGAGCGUGGUGACUGGGUUCAAGAAGAAUGGACAGCAAUUGUACAGUGGAGCGCCAUGA